UCACAAGCGACAUGAUGAAGAGGAUGUUGCUUCGCUCGGCUUGUUCGUCGACGGGCUCUGACAAGCAGGCACCGGCUCGGCGUCGGAGCUAGCAAGAUAGAAGGACGAGUUGCGUAGGGAGCUCGGCGACUCGCCAUUAAUUGUCACUGUCAGCAACAAAGUUCAGAGGACGCCCUCAUUCAACUGCAAGAGACUUGGCAUUCCAUUGAUCCUUAUCACCUGAGUGGUUGGCGGUGAUGUCUAUGAUUAUGCUGCCUUCGGAGACCAUCGUCAUGAGUGUCGUAAACCCAUUGAUCUGGGGGAACUCCGUUAGAUCCACUUUGUCCUCGUCAAUGCUGGAGAUGCUGACGUGGCCGGGGACAUUCGAAAUUGCUCUGCAAUCAGACACAAACACAAACACAAACGAAUACGCGCACACACACAGAGCAUGUAUUACAGGGAACGGGGAGCUUGGCUUACAAUGUGGCUGCAUAUGAGGAGCUGUAUCCGUUGCGGAGCACUGAAGGCCAAAAAAGACACGGCGUUUGAGAUUGAACUCCACGUCGUGCUUGCACCUACCGUCGUCACCGCCCCCACUGAUAAGGGUAUCCCUGGGCAAGCGUCCAGACCAUCCAUCGAGAGUAUUGGCUUUCGAAUUCCCCGUCAGCACGUCCCCGCCUGCUUUCGAGCCCGUCAGCGUAUCGAUCACUGUGUCUUCGAAGAGCGCCAAGCGUUUGGGAUACUCCAACCGUAAGCAGCUGAUCUCAUUCGUCGCUCGAGAGAGACUGUACACUUUACAUGCGCAUCAUCAGGAUCGUCAUCAUUCACCUUCUCGAUCACCACUUGGUUGGUGUCAAUGAGCGAUGAAAGGUUCUGUCCCAUCCAGAAGUUUCGCGGCAGGAGCCGAGCAGGUGUAAUAUUGCGCAU